AUGAGCCGUCAAUUUCCCCAUUCAAGUGCGCCGUUAAAGUCCAUCAAGGAAGUCCAGUUUGGUCUUGCUUCCCCCGAGGAAAUCAGAGCCAUAAGUGUGGCCAAGAUUGUGUAUCCCGAGACGAUGGACCAGUCCACCAAACGAGCCAAGGAAGGCGGAUUGAAUGACCCCAGGCUUGGAUCGAUCGAUCGCAACUACCGGUGUCAGACUUGUGGCGAAGAUAUGUCGGAGUGCCCCGGGCAUUUUGGCCACAUUGAGCUAAGCAGACCCGUUUUCCAUAUUGGUUUUAUUGCCAAGAUUAAAAAAGUGUUGGAAAGUAUUUGUUUCCACUGUGGCAAAUUGCUCCUCGAUGAGACAAACCCUUUGAUGGCGCAGGCCAUCAAGAUCAAGGACCCCAAGAGGAGAUUCAACGCAGUUUGGACGAUUUGCAAAAGCAAAAUGAUUUGCGAAACAAGCGAAGUAGAGGGUGGCAGAGGCGGCUGUGGACACACGCAGCCCACCAUUCGUCGAGACGGAAUGAAACUUUGGGGUACUUGGAAAAGCGGUAACUUUGACGAAAAUGACCAGCCUGAACGUCGUUUGUUGACUCCGUCAGAGAUUUUGAACAUAUUCAAACAUAUAAGCUCAGAGGACUGCUAUAGAUUAGGGUUCAAUGAGGACUAUGCCAGACCCGAGUGGAUGUUGAUAACCGUUUUACCUGUUCCGCCUCCUCCUGUUCGGCCAAGUAUCGCGUUUAACGACACGGCGAGAGGCGAGGAUGACUUGACGUUCAAGCUAGCCGAUGUUAUAAAAGCAAACAUGAAUGUGCAAAGGUUGGAGAUGGACGGUUCGCCACAACACGUUAUUAGUGAGUUUGAAUCUUUGCUCCAGUUUCACGUUGCCACUUAUAUGGACAAUGAUAUCGCUGGCCAACCGCAGGCGUUGCAAAAGACGGGCCGUCCGAUAAAAUCGAUUAGAGCAAGACUAAAAGGUAAAGAAGGCCGUUUGAGAGGUAACUUGAUGGGCAAAAGAGUUGACUUUUCAGCGCGUACCGUUAUUUCGGGUGACCCCAACUUGGACUUGGACCAAGUCGGUGUGCCCAUCUCCAUCGCAAAGACAUUGACAUAUCCGGAGAUUGUCACCCCUUACAACAUCCACAAAUUGACCGAGCUUGUUAAAAACGGGCCCAACGAGCACCCGGGUGCCAAAUAUGUCAUUAGAGACACGGGUGACCGUAUUGAUUUGAGAUACAACAAGAGGGCAGGAGACAUUGCCUUACAGUAUGGCUGGAAGGUUGAGCGUCACCUUAUGGAUGACGACCCCGUCUUGUUCAAUCGUCAACCCUCUUUACAUAAGAUGUCGAUGAUGGCGCACAGAGUCAAAGUGAUGCCCUACUCGACAUUCAGAUUGAACUUGUCAGUAACGUCUCCUUACAAUGCCGAUUUCGACGGAGAUGAGAUGAACUUGCACGUGCCGCAGUCGCCCGAAACGAGAUCGGAACUUUCGCAAAUCUGUGCCGUUCCUUUGCAAAUUGUGUCGCCGCAAUCAAACAAGCCCGUUAUGGGUAUCGUGCAAGACACGUUGUGCGGUAUCCGUAAAAUGACAUUGAGAGACAUAUUUAUUGAGUACGAUCAAGUGAUGAACAUGUGCUACUGGAUCCCCAACUGGGAUGGGGUGAUUCCUCCUCCGGCAAUUGUGAAACCCAAGCCUUUAUGGACGGGGAAACAGUUGCUCUCGUUGGCAAUACCAAAAGGGAUCCAUUUGCAACGGUUCGAUAGCGGCAGAGAUUUCUUGAGCGCAAAGGAUACCGGCAUGCUCAUCAUUGAUGGAGAAAUCAUGUUUGGAGUUGUCGAUAAAAAGACGGUUGGUGCUACUCCCGGUGGGUUGAUCCACAACGUUAUGAGGGAAAAGGGACCAACAGUGUGUGCCCAGUUGUUUAGUUCGAUUCAAAAAGUGGUCAAUUUUUGGCUCUUGCAUAAUGGGUUCAGUAUAGGUAUUGGAGACACCAUUGCCGAUGCCGCCACCAUGAAGCACGUGACGGAAACAAUCCAGGAGGCCAAGUCGAAAGUGCAGGAGAUUAUUUUCGAUGCCCAGCACAACAACUUGGAGCCAGAGCCAGGUAUGACCUUGAGGGAAUCUUUUGAGCACAAUGUUUCGCGAGUCUUGAAUCAAGCGCGUGAUACCGCUGGUCGUUCGGCAGAAAUGAGUUUGAAGGACUUGAACAAUGUCAAGCAGAUGGUGACUUCGGGUUCAAAGGGUUCUUUUAUCAACAUUUCGCAAAUGAGUGCCUGUGUUGGCCAGCAAAUUGUCGAAGGUAAAAGAAUCCCCUUUGGCUUUGCCGAUAGAUCGUUGCCACAUUUCACCAAGGACGAUUACUCACCCGAGUCUAGAGGGUUUGUCGAGAAUUCUUAUUUGAGAGGUUUGACCCCGCAAGAGUUUUUCUUUCACGCAAUGGCAGGUAGAGAGGGUCUUAUCGAUACCGCAGUGAAGACGGCCGAAACUGGUUAUAUCCAGCGUCGUUUGGUUAAAGCUCUAGAGGAUAUCAUGGUCCACUACGAUGGUACAACCAGAAACUCGUUGGGUGAUAUUCUUCAGUUUAUCUACGGAGAAGAUGGUAUCGAUGCCACGCAAGUGGAGAAGCAAUCUGUUGAUACCAUCCCCGGAUCAGACGAGAGCUUUGAAAAGAGAUAUAGAAUCGAUGUUUUGGAAAACUAUUCCAUUUCGGAAUCCUUGUUGGAGUCGGCCAAGGAAAUUGCAGGUGAUGUCAAGUUGCAGAAACUACUCGAUGAGGAGUAUAACCAGCUUGUUGAAGAUCGAAAAUAUUUGAGAGAAGUUUGUUUUCCCGGCGGUGACUUUAACUGGCCGUUGCCUGUCAAUUUGCGUCGUAUUAUCCAGAAUGCACAGCAGAUAUUCCACAGCGGGCGUGAAAAACCUUCCGAUUUAAAGUUGGAUGAAAUCAUCGCGAGCGUGCAAGACUUGUGCACCAAGUUUGUCGUUGUUAGAGGUGACACUCCGUUGGUGAAGGAGGCGCAAGCAAACGCCACUUUGCUCUUCCAAUGCCUUGUGAGAUCGAGAUUAGCAUCGAGAAGAGUCGUUGAGGAGUUCAAGUUGAACAAGGCAUCUUUUGAAUGGGCCUUGGGCGAGAUUGAAACGCAGUUCCAAAAGUCUGUUGUCCACCCAGGUGAGAUGGUUGGUGUCGUUGCCGCCCAGUCCAUUGGAGAGCCUGCUACCCAGAUGACAUUAAACACUUUCCACUAUGCCGGUGUCUCUUCAAAGAAUGUCACUUUGGGUGUUCCCAGACUUAAGGAGAUUUUGAACGUGGCCAAGAACAUCAAGACUCCGGCAUUGACGGUUUACUUGGAUCCCGAUGUGGCAGCCGACAUUGAACUGGCCAAAGUGGUUCAAUCCUCGAUUGAGCACACCACUUUGAAGAAUGUCACGUCUUCAACUGAAAUUUACUACGACCCCGAUCCACGCACGACGGUUAUUGAGGAAGAUUACGACACGGUUGAGGCCUAUUUUGCAAUUCCAGAUCAAAAAGUGGAGGAGAGCAUAGAAAAACAGUCUCCUUGGCUCCUUAGAUUGGAACUCGAUCGUGCCAAGAUGUUGGACAAACAGUUGACUAUGGCACAAGUGGCGGAAAAGAUUUCGCAGAAUUUCGGCGACGACUUGUUUGUCAUUUGGUCAGAUGACACCGCCGACAAGUUGAUCAUCCGUUGUCGUGUUGUGAGAGAUCCAAAGUCGUUGGACGAGGAUGCCGAGUCCGAAGAGGAUCAAAUCUUGAAACGUAUUGAAGCGCACAUGUUGGAGUCCAUUUCCUUGCGAGGCAUUCAGGGCAUCACCAAAGUGUUUAUGAUGCAGCACAAGAUGAGCCACCCGGAUGCCACGGGUGAGUUUAAACAGGGCAAAGAAUGGGUGUUGGAAACAGAUGGUGUCAAUUUGAAGGAUGUCAUGGCCGUUCCCGGUGUUGAUGCUGCACGUACCUACUCGAAUGACUUUAUCGAGAUAUUGUUUGUGUUGGGUAUCGAGGCCACGAGGCACGCGUUGUUCAAGGAAAUCAUGAAUGUCAUUGCAUUCGAUGGUUCCUACGUCAAUUAUCGUCACUUGGCGCUCUUAGUGGACGUGAUGACGUCUCGUGGCCACUUGAUGGCAAUCACUCGUCACGGUAUCAACAGAACGGACACCGGUGCGUUGAUGCGUUGUUCUUUCGAAGAGACGGUAGAGAUAUUGUUGGACGCAGCAGCGUCGGCCGAGUUGGACGACUGCAAAGGUAUUUCCGAGAAUGUGAUGUUGGGUCAAAUGGCGCCGCUUGGUACGGGUGCUUUCGACGUUAUGGUGGACGACAAGAUGUUGCAGCAGGCGCCUGCUAGUGUUGCCAUGGAGGUUGUCGCCGAGGAUGGAGGAGCCACGCCCUAUAGGGACAUGGAGAUGGAGGACGACCGGAUCGUUUUGGACGAAGGUGCAGGUUUCUCUCCAAUCCACAACCCAAUGACCGAUCAAAUGAACGGAGGCUUAACCUCUUAUGGUGGACAACCUACUUCGCCUGGAAUUACUUCUCCCUUUGCUUACUCCAAUACUCCAGGAUAUGGAGGUACCAGUCCAGCAUAUGGAGGCACUAGUCCGGGUUAUGGUUACUCGCCAACGUCGCCUAGCUACUCACCGACAUCGCCAUCAUACUCGCCUACAUCGCCAUCAUAUUCGCCUACAUCGCCAAGUUAUUCUCCUACAUCGCCAUCAUACUCGCCAACGUCACCAAGUUAUUCUCCUACAUCUCCUAGUUACUCGCCAACAUCGCCAUCAUACUCACCUACAUCUCCUAGUUACUCACCAACAUCGCCAUCAUACUCACCUACAUCUCCUAGUUACUCACCUACAUCUCCUAGUUACUCACCAACAUCACCAUCAUACUCACCUACAUCUCCUAGUUAUUCACCAACAUCACCAUCAUACUCACCAACUUCCCCAUCGUACUCACCUACAUCUCCACAGUACUCGCCAACGUCACCUUCGUACUCACCCACAUCACCUUCGUACUCGCCCACGUCUCCGCAGUACUCGCCAACUUCCCCACAAUACUCACCUACUUCACCUAGCUACUCACCCACGUCGCCUCAAUAUUCACCUACAUCUCCCCAGUAUUCACCAACAUCGCCACAAUACUCCCCGAGGUCGCCAGAGUACAAACCGAAAUCCCCCAAAACUGACGGUAAUUAG